GGAGGCGUUUUACCCGAUCCCUGUGUUUUAUAGAUCUAUGAACCUGCUCUGCUGACGAUCCGAGGGUCCUUCACAACACGACGUAUCGUUUUCAGACCGGAAAUUUAACGGCUUCUGUUAUAUCUUAAAUCUGUCCAUUUACUCCUGUUCUUCAAAAAGUGCAAAGAUGCUGUCUAUAUUUAAGACAAUUCCGACGCAUAUGGUAAGAUAUUAUUGUUUUAUCCUGUUGUUAUAUGUAGUUUUAUUUUCACCUUGUAUUUCCGUUUGUCCCGAGCUGGCCAAUGGUUAGGAAGCAGCUGCUCGCUCAUUUUGUGCCAAUAUCUGAAGAUGUAUCCUAUGUUUGUGGUCCACUGCAAGGUGUAAAUAAAUUAAACAACUCGCUAAAUGCCAAUUUAAACUAGUAUUUCCUGAUAUUUCGAUAUUUCCGGGACUGGUCUCCAUAUUACUCUAUCUAUAUAUAAUAUCCCCGAUAGUAUUCCCAUUAAACCAAUCUAUCCCUCAUAUACUUGUUUUGCAUGUUUAGCCAUCUUUCCUCAUCACCUUUAUUCUAUGCUCUUUAUGUCAGUGUUGACAGUGUUUCGGUCUAAAUGAUGGUUCUUUAUCCCUUGUGAUUUUAGGACUACAAGGGGCAGAAGUUGGCUGAGCAGAUUUUCCAGGGAAUAAUUCUCAUCUCAGCGGUAAGUAACCUUAAAGGGAUAACCCUAAAUUAAUAUUUUAAAUUAAUAUAUUUGUGGCUAUAGAGUGGCUUAUUUGUUGAGCACGUGGCUCUCUGUAUUGCUAUCCUGUGGUCAUUACUAAAGUUGGUAUAACUAGACAAGCAAGCGGUCCACAACAUUAAUCUCUCGACAGGGUGUCUAACUCGGUGUUAUGGUGCAUUUGACCCUAACUUGGUUUGGUUUGGUUUGGUUUGUUUAUUUUCACAUACAAAAGAGUUUAAAAUCAUAGGUUACAAGAUUCAAUGAUUAUGUGAAGGAGAGUGCCUGAAAACUCUCCAGGGGCUUGAGAAAUGGCAUUCUCCAAGAAAAUUACAUGUAGGAUAUACUUUUUACAAUUAGGACAAUGAUAAACAUAUCAUACGAAUGAAAAGGUAUAAAAGAAUACAGAGUUAUAGAUAAUAGAACAAGGAACUGAAACAACGAAAGCACAAAACAAAAUAAAAAGUCAGAGAGACACAGAAUAAUAAACCAUUAGAGAAAAUAAUGACGCCGGAAUAUCCCUUUAACACGGGUGGCCCACCACUUUCAAAAACAUCUCAAAGGUGUAUCAUUGAGACUUUGACUUUGACUGAUUCACUAAAAUCAUGUAUAUUCUCUUUGCAGGUGAUUGGAUUUGUGUACGGUCUGAUCAUCGAACAGUUUGGGUGGACAGUGUACAUAGUGUUGGGUGGUUUUGCUGUGUCUUGUGUGGUAAGUUUGGUUUCCAAAAUUGUUUUGUUUGUUUGUAAGGAAGGAAAAAUACACAGAGAGAUAGAAUGUGUACCCAGCAUCACAUUGUACACAUAUGUGUGAACAGAAGACACUGAUCACAGCUACUGGAGUGUAGCAUUACAUGUGUGCUUACUUCUUCAGGGCGCUAAUGAAGAACUUUCAUCUUUCUAUUAAUUCAUCGUGUCUCUUUCUUUCACUUCAGUUGACCCUUCCUCCAUGGCCCAUGUACAGACAGAAUCCAUUAUCCUGGCAGCCACUUAUUCCAGAGAGCAGCGGCGAGCCCAGCCAAAAACCUCAAGAAAGUCUCAAGAAGAAGAAGCACAAGUAACUCUCAUCAAACCCCACCUGCCUCUCAGUUUAUGAAUCGUUUUGUACUUAGAUUAUUUGGAUUUUUUUCUCACAGUUCACAUUUGAACCAUUUCAGAAAUAUUGUUCUAGCAUUUAAAAGUGAAUAAAACAAUUCUGUGCCCAAAUAAUAAACUGCUGAUACUUUGUGUUUUUCAAAUUGUCUUUCACUUGUAUUAUUAAUGCUGUUAUCCUUCUGUGACGUGAGAACAUGAUAAGAGAUGGAUUUCUUAUUGAGCACUCCUUUUUUGCAGUCAAUAAUUAUGAAAAAAUGAAAGAAAUUCAGGGUUUAUUAAAAAAUUUCAAAUGUUAA